UGGCAAUGACCAGAGAUGGCACAUUCAGCUAUGGAGAUCACUAUAUACUGCUAACUAGUGCAGAACAGGGCUCGAAUUCCACGAUGCCUCACAGGGCGGGCUCGCCUGCCCGUUCAGAGAAUGAAUUUGACAUCGGCAGCGCAUUGUUCGGACAUGAUUCUGAAGUUACGCACGACACUCUACACGAACAAAAUGGGGCUCUACAAAGGAAUGACUUGGAUGUCAUGGCGGAUGACUCAGAAGUCGAUGAGGAGGCCAUUAUUGCUGCUCAACAAGCCGCAUCAAAUCGCAAAGGUGCCAACUUGAAAGGGCGAACAGUGAAAAAAGGUGGUGGCUUCCAAGCCAUGGGCCUCAAUGCCAAUCUGCUGAAAGCGAUAACGAGGAAAGGCUUCUCAGUCCCUACACCUAUUCAGCGCAAGACAAUACCUCUCCUUCUCGGCGACAAGGACGUGGUGGGUAUGGCAAGGACUGGAUCCGGGAAGACCGCUGCUUUUGUCAUUCCUAUGAUUGAAAAGCUCAAGGUGCAUAGCACGAAAGUCGGGGCCAGGGCUCUGAUUCUGGCGCCCUCGAGGGAGUUGGCUUUGCAGACAUUGCAAGUGGUCAAGGAGUUGGGCAGGGGCACAGAUCUCCGAUCGAUCCUCCUCGUGGGAGGUGACAGCCUGGAGGACCAGUUUGCUGCCAUGUCCAACAACCCGGAUAUCAUCAUUGCCACCCCCGGCAGAUUCCUCCAUCUCAAGGUCGAAAUGAAUCUGGAUCUCCUGAGCAUCAAGUAUGUCGUCUUUGACGAGGCAGAUCGACUCUUUGAAAUGGGCUUCGCGGCCCAACUGACAGAGAUCCUCCAUGCCCUACCCGCAUCCCGGCAAACUCUUCUGUUCUCUGCUACGCUGCCUAAGUCACUAGUUGAGUUCGCGAGGGCAGGAUUACAGGAACCUAUGUUGGUUAGGCUUGACGCAGACAGCAAGAUAUCUCCCGAUUUGCAAAGCGCCUUCUUCACUCUGAAGUCAUCGGAGAAAGAAGGGGCAUUGCUUCAUAUCCUCCAAGACAUCAUCAAAAUGCCUACCGGGUCCCAAUUGAUCACGUCAACCACGACUUCUACGAUAGCAGACAAACCAAACAACAAGAAGAGGAAACGGCAGGAGACAGAAGAAAACAGCAGCAAUGCAUCCGGUACCAAUCCUUUUUCAACCAUAGUCUUCACUGCCACCAAGCAUCACGUCGAGUACGUAGCAAGUCUACUCCGUCUGGCUGGCUACGCUGUCUCCUAUGUUUAUGGCUCACUCGACCAAACCGCCAGAAAAUCCCAAGUCCAGGCUUUUCGGACAGGUCAAACAAAUAUACUUGUUGUCACGGAUGUUGCUGCCCGCGGAAUCGAUAUUCCGGUGCUCGCAAAUGUAAUUAACUACGAUUUCCCUUCACAACCAAAGAUAUUUGUCCAUCGUGUGGGACGGACUGCUCGAGCGGGACAGAGAGGUUGGAGUUAUAGUCUAGUCAGAGACGCUGACGCACCAUAUCUACUGGAUCUGCAACUUUUCCUUGCUCGGAAAUUGGUCCUUGGUCGAGCAGCGAGCAAUGAGCUUGUCAACUUCGCACAGGAUGUCGUGGUUGGUAGUUUUCGACGGGAGGCGAUACAGACGAGUUGCGAAUGGGUGACAAAAUCACUAGAAAGCGACUCCGAUCUUUCUGCGCUCCGAAACGUUGCGUUAAAGGGCGAGAAACUCUACCAGCGGACCAGGAACUCUGCUUCCUCAGAGAGUGCUAAGAGAUCGAAACAACUUGUGUCGUCCUCGGCCUGGACGGAACUGCACUCACUGUUCAAUGAUGAAACAGAUGAUAUGGAAGUUGAAAGAGAAAGGAUGCUUGCACGAGUGGGAGGAUUCCGACCACAGGAAUCUAUCUUUGAGAUUGGCGCUCGGCGUGGUGGGCGAAAGAACAACGAGGAUGCUGUGGACGCCAUACGCAAGAUCCGCUCUGGUUUCGAAAGUAGGAAGCAGAAGAGCGUGGAUGCGUCCCAAGCUCUGAGAGAAGCUGGCAAUGAUGAUGCCGUCGACCCGACCAACAGUCCGUACGACCCAGCAGAAGAUGAGGCUCACCCAGGUUUCAUUGAUGGCAGCAACGACGUCGAUCGUAUGUCCGAAGCAUCACUAAGUGACCUGGAAAUCACCUUUUCUCAACCAUACUCGAAGAAAUCCCAAACACCAAAAUCACCGAAGCCUGGGCUACGCACCACGGAGGGAGACUUUCGCGAUCCCGAGAACUUCAUGUCUUACCACCCCACUGCUCAUGAUCUUACUUCCGACCGUGCGUACGGCGUACACUCUGGUUCCAAUACCAAUGCGAGCGCCAGCUUUGUGGAAUCCGCACGUACAGCCACUAUGGAUCUAGGUGCAGAUGAAUCGUCGAAGACUUUUGGCGAGAAUAGAGCAAUCAUGCGGUGGGACAAGAGGCAUAAAAAGUAUGUGAGACGCGACAAUGACGAGGAUGGUUCCAAGACAGGCAAGAGGCUCGUAAAGGGAGAGUCUGGAGCAAAGAUUGCCGCGAGUUUUAGAAGCGGGCGUUUUGAUCGGUGGAUGAAGGCCAAUCGAGUGAACAGACUGGGAAGAGUAGGUGAGGAAGAGAAAUCCUCGAAUGCUAAUGCGGAUGGAAUGGGUGUCGGCGGUGGAAGGGGAAGGAAAUUCCAGCAUAAAUCGCAAAGAACACCGAAACAGCCAGAUAAAUUGAGAGGGGAUUAUGAGAAGCAAAUGAAAAAGGUCAAGGGUGCGAAAGAGCGAGAAGAACAGGCCGGCGGCAAAGCCAAAGGGGAGCUUAGAAACGUCGAUCGGAUGGUCAAGGAGAGGAGGCUGAAGGAGAAGAGGAGGGAGAAGAAUGCACGGCCACGACGAAGGAAAGCAUAGGCAAGACCAAUGGCAGAGAAGUUGUGGUUGACGUCCGACACUGGCGGGUAAUGGUUGCUAUGUAUGACACCUGUGCCGCAAUAAGUACCGUGCAAUAGUACACAACGGCAUCGACUAGGCAUGUUGCUACAGUGCUGGACGAGGCUGUGAACCCAAGUAAAGGGGCGAGGCUGCCUCUCGCGUGCCGUGUCUCUUGGCAGUGAGAAACGAGAAACCGUCCACCUCAUCGAGACAGC